AUGCCCCGAGGAAGAUCUGCUGCAAGUGCUCGCUCAGACGCCAGUGAAAUGGAUAUUGACGGUACAGUAAAUGCAGAAUCUGAGAUGGCCAAACUGCAGAGACAGUUCAAAAUCAUGGAAGGGGAUCGGCAGGCGUACAGUCUUCAGGCCCGUGAGCAAAUACGCAAGCAAGAGCUGGAGAUAGAGAAGCUACAAAAGGAGCAGGAGGAGCUGCAUCGAAACCUUGGUGCAUGUAAGAGCUUGUCACGCAAGCAGCAGGACAGUGAGGACACCCAUUGUAUACGAGCUCUGCUGGAACAAAAAGACAUGCUGGAGGAGGAGCUGAAAAGAGAGAAGCAGUGUCAAAAAGAGAUAGACAAAGAGAUUGCAACCAUGGAGUCAAAGAUGGCCGAGCUACGAAAAAGGAAGGUCAACAUGAGUGAUGCACAAAGAUCUGAGAUUCAACAAUCGCAGAAAGCAAUACAUUCUUUGGAAUACAAACUGGAUAGAGCUUUAACCCGCUUCAAUCAGCAGCUAACCAACAACAGUCACCUUAGAGAGGAGUUACAGACUCUUCAAAUUGAGCGUGCCCGUUUCCAGCAACUAAAAAAGAGAUUUGAAAAAGAACUGUACGAUAUCUGCAAGAAGAUCGGGGAAAUCGUCACCAUGUCCACUGCUGCUUAUGAUGCCAGGGUGGAGGCUCAAUCUAAGAUGACCAUGAUGAAGGAGAAAGCAGAGAAGGACCUUGCACUGUACAACGCUGAGAUGAAGGAGCUGGAACGGGUGAUUUCACAUGAGUGUAGCCUGAAAGAGUUUAUGACCACUAAGUGCAGUGAGAAGAGCGGGCAGGAUGAUGGCCACGAGACCAGACACAGACAAGUGUCAGAGAUGAAGGAGCAGAGGAGGAUGGACUCAAGAGAAGAGUCUCUAGACACUUUAGAGGAAGUGUUUGAGAAGAUCAAGACAGUGACAGGCGAGGACAACCUGGACCUGCUGGUCAGCAGGUUCAUACAGGUUGAAGACCGGAACUUUGCACUGUUCAAUUUUGUAAAUGAGCAAAACAAUGAAGCUGAGGCUUUGAGGGAUCGAAUAAGCCAGAUACAAUCAGAGAUUGAGCAGUAUGGAGAAACGAGUUUGCAAAAGGAGCAAGAACAUCGCUCUCAGCUCAGAGGCUUAGAUGAGAAACAAAAGGAAAUCGAAUACCAAGCAGAGGACUACGAAAACCGAGCCAGCAGCAUAAGCAAAAUUCUGGAUGACAUAAAAACAGGAGUGAACAGCAUCUUUUCUAAGAUAGAGUGUGACCGCUCAGUAAUCGAGGAUAAACUGGGCUCCUCUGCAGGAAUCAGCGAGAACAACAUCAUGUCAUACCUGGGCCUAGUGGAGCAGAAAACCAAUGAGCUGCUCACAAUACAAGCUUUCCUUCAUUCUAAAGACCUGGAGAAGAACUACAACCCAAAAGACCUGGCAAAAUUUCUUUUGGGUCAAAAUCCAGACCUGCUACAGCAGAAUAUUAACAUCCAACCUGCCAUCAACAGUUUGGACUUUGAUGCAGACGACUCUCCUGUCACUGAUGAGGAAGAACGGCCACUUUCACAGGGGGAGCUUCGAAGAAGAAUCAUGAAAGCAGUUCAGCAUAAAGGGAGCUCAGGUCGGCUGGCAGCAAGUAAAGCCUCAAAGAUUUGA